AUGGAACAUUUCCUCCACUCUGUUGAUGAUGUGGCAAUGGAGUUUCUCAGUAAAGGCUGCAAUCAUCAACUGCCUGAGACUGGCAUCUCCAGUCAAUUGGUUUCAGCUAGAUUCAUUAGUGGGUCCAUCACAGCUGAAGGUGUAGGACAUUUUCUGACUAUUCCUAACUCAUUACUACAACAUGUCAAACACCUGGAUCUCUCCUGGAACAAGCUGGACAGAAGAGGGUGUGAGUUACUAGCUGAAGGUGUUCAGAGGAUGCCAUGUCUUGAGAAACUGGACCUGAGCCUAAACCCAGGUAUUGGAUGUGGAGGUGCUGUCCAGCUGGUGUCAUCUCUACACAGCAGCAAACUGAGAAAACUGGAUAUGACCGGAACUGGUAUCAGUGAUCCUGACUUCCAAUGUCUAUCAAGCUAUAUUCACUCCACCACAAGUCUGGAGGAGCUGUGGAUUGGAGAGAAUGAGAUAUCAGUUGAGAGUAUUGACUCAUUAUGUAAAGCUCUGAGUGCCAACAGCUCAAUGAGGAGACUGUACAUGAGCGACUGUCACUUGACUACAUCUCACUGUGUGUGUCUGGGACAGCUACUGAGACACCCAAUACACUGUCAGAUAGAGAAGUUGGACCUCAGAGCUGUAGUCUGA